UUAUAUUAUAUUCGCAAUGGUGAGAUUGAGAAAGGCGUGCAGGUCGUCCUCGCCUCCGCGCAUCACACCGCACUUGCAGACUUUAGACUGAAAUCGCACCUCCUCGACUCCUCCGCUCCUUCAACAUGGCCUCUACCUCAAUUCCCAUAUCCACCGCCCUCAACGCCCACUCCCUUCACUCUCCUCUUCAACAUUUCCCUAAAUUUCCUUCCUUAUCACUCACCCCUGCCCUCACUCUAUUCCGCCCUUCUCAACUCACUCUCACCCUCCAACGCUCUGCAAAUGCUUCUUCUCUUCCCGUUGUUAGAGCCCACAACUCUCCAGAUUACAUACCUGACGCCAAGUUCUACAAAGUUGAAGCCAUUCUAAGACCCUGGAGGAUCCCGCAGGUUUCUUCGGCCUUGCUGAAAAUGGGAAUUCGUGGGGUUACAGUUUCUGAUGUACGGGGCUUUGGUGCUCAAGGUGGCUCGACAGAAAGACAUGCUGGCUCUGAAUUUUCUGAAGACAAAUUUGUUGUGAAAGUUAAGAUGGAGGUUGUUGUGAGCAAAGAUCAGGUUGAAGAGGUCAUUCAAAAGAUAAUAGAGGAGGCAAGAACUGGAGAAAUCGGUGAUGGCAAGAUUUUCCUGACUCCUGUGUCAGAUAUAAUAAGAGUUCGCACAGGUGAGCGUGGAGAAAAAGCUGAGAGAAUGACAGGAGGAAGGGCUGAUAUGUUCUCUGCUGGAUCCUCGGCUUGAGUUUCUAGAUGAACUUUGAGUCCGCUGCCUCAGUUGGGAAUUUUAAACUUUAGUGGUAGUUGCUCUGGAGAUAUUACUCAAGCUUAUGCUAUAACCCUGUCUUGCAAUAGAACAGAUGAAGAAGAAGUAGAGCUAGUCUAUCCUGUAGCAUAUGCAUUGUUGCACAAUUUUCAAAUGAAUAUUUAAUAAAAUAUGCUGGUGUGGAGGUGGGAAGAGUUUUUUCAUAAUUUAUGGAUGUAAGUAGUUGUAUUUUAGCAUUCAGAGUCGUAUUUGUUGAAUA